AUGGGUUAAUGGUCUCAUUAAUGUUUAAAGCGAAGUGAGGCAUUAUAAUUUAUUAUUGAUGUAUUUAUAUAAAUUAGAGAUUAAAAUUGUUCUAGAGAAUUUUCAUAAUUAUUUGAGAUGAUUUUAAGAAUAAGAAAUAUUUAUAGGUUUUGUAGCAACAACAACACAAAUUAUCAUAAGAUAGUUGGCUCAUUGCCAGGAUAGAACAACAAAGACAUAAAGGAGAAUUUAGAAAAGUUUUCAAAAAUUUAUUAAAAAGUUGAUUUUAAGCAAUUACAGAGAGAAUAGAUAGAGGAAUAGCAAAAGAAAUUUAUGUUGCAGAAUUAAGAGGCAUAAUAAUUUGGUGAAUCGAUUAAAGUGGGUGAAAAGGUAAUCAAUGUUUAUAUGCGAGGGGGAAAUUGGAUAGAGCAACUAUUUGAAAUUGAUGGGUGUAUUUUUUUUGGGGAUGUUCAUAUAUUUGGGGAAGGAAACUUAUAAAUUCUUUACGAAUCCUAGAAAUGUAUUGCUAUAUGAUGAGAGCACUGGAAAAACAUAUUACACCACUAAGGAAGAAUUCGAGAAGAUUAAGGCUGAGUAAAAACGAAACAAGGAAUUCAAAGAGUUUAGGUUUAAGGUGUUGUCAAAGCAACAGGAUCAGAGGGAGUAAAAAGGAAGCACAGAUUCAAUAUUUUGAUAAUUAUAUAACACAAUUAAUUAUUCUUGUGGAAUCAUCCCC